CAACAGCAUCCGGCGCAUUUUUUCUCCAGUUGGAAACACAUCCCCAAGCUUCAGCUGCCAUUGGCUGUAUGCACCGCAGAUGUCACCACUGCAGCCAUCGAAUCCCGGGAAUAAACAGACCGACGGAAAUACAACCCACUGAGUUUUGGCUGACCGUGUUUCUGUGAGAGGAACAGAACCGUGGGCGAGGUUUAUGGUGAAUAGAGCCGGUCAUUGGGCUCUGUGCACAUCCGUCAUGUGGGGAAAGACCCAUCGUUCUCCUUGGUACGGAAGCCGAGAGGAGGCUGGUUGGUUACGCGUCCGUGGGUUUCCACCCGAGAGUAUGGCGGACGUGAAUGUAUUGGUGAGAGAGUAAACCACGGAGAGAGGAUGGAAAAGAAACGCAGACUGGACUUGUUUUUAUCAACUUUAAAGACACGUUUUAUUUAACCAGUCCUGCUCAGCUACGGCAAAGUCAAUUUUUGAAAAGAAAAAUCGUCUCGGUGUCUCCUGUUGUUUUUUUCCUCAGGACGGUCUUCACAGGAGCAAGUUUUGUUUUUAUCAUGCUGAGGCUAGCGAGCUAGAAUGGUGAGCGAAGCAAAUGAGAAAGCACAAGUUGUUCAUUACAAACCUUUUUGUUUUGCAUUGGUGCAGAUUUGGAAAUUGCAAUCGUCUGACUAGCAAUUACUACUCGUCAGUGUCGCUUCUGCCUGGAGGAAUUUCUGCAAUGAAGCCAAUUUUCAGGCGGCGACUCUUUGUGUUCUGGCUGUUUAGCUAUUUUCUAUAGCUAAACGGAUAGCUUGUUAGUUGAGGAGGAUAUUUAUUUCAUUUUCAGAGAUGGAACACCAUUGCUAAUUUGCGGUGGCUAUUUAAUUCCCUCCAAUGUCGACGUGAGAGUCUAGUUGGUGAUAUUCGCAGUUCACUUGCAUUCGCCGAAUUAAUUUAGAUAGCCAGAAAUGCGCGAAUAUAAAGUCGUGGUUCUCGGGAGCGGUGGGGUUGGAAAGUCCGCUCUCACGGUGCAAUUUGUGACAGGGACCUUUAUAGAGAAAUACGACCCGACAAUCGAGGAUUUUUACCGCAAAGAAAUUGAGGUUGAUUCUUCGCCUUCGGUACUGGAGAUCCUCGACACGGCUGGCACCGAGCAGUUUGCUUCCAUGAGGGACCUCUACAUCAAAAACGGUCAGGGGUUCAUAUUGGUCUACAGCCUUGUCAACCAGCAGAGCUUCCAAGAUAUAAAGCCUAUGAGGGAUCAAAUCAUUAGAGUGAAAAGGUACGAGAAGGUGCCGGUGAUCCUGGUGGGGAACAAGGUGGACCUGGAGAGCGAGCGAGAGGUGUCGUCGGGGGAGGGGCAGGCCCUGGCCGAGGAGUGGGGCUGCCCCUUCAUGGAGACGUCGGCCAAGAGCAAGACCAUGGUGGACGAACUGUUCGCCGAGAUCGUGCGGCAGAUGGACUACGCGGCCCAGCCGGACAAGGACGACCCCUGCUGCUCCUCCUGCAAUAUACAAUAGCCACCGAGCCGAGGAACAGGCAGCCGCACAGAGGCGUCGCAAACACCAACCAACACGCUCAGACAUGAACCACACGCAGAAACAAACCAAUGAAGAAAGAACCAACAAGGAUGAAAUCUGUGACGCCAUUUCCCAUUUGA